CUUUCUAACUAGCUCGUCGCUCAGUGUGGUCGCCGAGUCGUUAAGUUGUUGAAUUUCAAGAGUGUUCCUUUAACUUUUAAGUUUAAUUCCAACAGUUGCAUUUAAUUUAUUCCAAAAAGUAAGUAAACCAUUUCAUCAUAUUUUAUUUGGGGUAGCUAUCGUAGUUUUCGAUGAAUUUGUGAAAAAGUGUUCGUCACCACGUGUACACUGCACUUCUCUAUAAUGGCCGCCAUAUGCUGAAAUUGAUUGAAAUUGUAGUGAUUUUCGCAUUAAUUCAGAAACGAAUCAUUUGCUUUUGCGUUUAAGUGGUUAUUAUUUCGAAAGUGUCGCUUGUUUCCCUAGAAUAUUGAGAUUUUGCAACUUUUUACCGGAUGCCGACUUGACCCUUUGCAAGGGUCAUCAUGUGCAAAUUCCACCUGUUGUAUACGGCUUUGUCGUCUCAUUCGAUUACAAAAUGGGUAAAGAAAAGGUUCACAUUAACAUUGUCGUCAUCGGUCACGUAGAUUCUGGUAAAUCUACUACUACUGGACACUUGAUCUACAAAUGUGGUGGUAUUGACAAACGUACCAUCGAAAAAUUCGAGAAGGAAGCCCAGGAAAUGGGAAAAGGUUCCUUCAAGUAUGCAUGGGUACUUGACAAACUGAAGGCAGAACGUGAACGUGGUAUCACCAUCGAUAUUGCUCUGUGGAAGUUUGAAACCGCCAAGUACUAUGUUACUAUCAUUGAUGCCCCUGGACACAGAGAUUUCAUCAAGAAUAUGAUCACUGGUACAUCGCAGGCCGAUUGUGCUGUACUUAUUGUUGCUGCUGGUACUGGUGAAUUUGAAGCUGGUAUCUCCAAAGACGGACAGACCCGUGAGCAUGCUCUUCUUGCUUUCACCCUUGGAGUAAAACAACUUAUUGUUGGUGUUAACAAAAUGGACUCCACUGAACCACCAUACAGUGAAUCCCGUUUUGAGGAAAUUAAGAAGGAAGUAUCCUCCUACAUCAAGAAGAUUGGUUACAACCCAGCUGCUGUUGCUUUUGUGCCAAUUUCUGGAUGGCAUGGAGACAACAUGUUGGAAUCAUCUGCCAAGAUGCCAUGGUUCAAGGGAUGGGCUGUUGAACGUAAGGAAGGAAAGGCCAAUGGUAACUGCUUGAUUGAAGCUCUAGAUGCCAUUCUCCCGCCUUCCCGUCCAACUGAGAAGCCUCUGCGUCUUCCACUCCAGGAUGUCUACAAAAUUGGAGGUAUUGGAACAGUACCAGUAGGCCGUGUGGAGACUGGUGUGCUGAAGCCCGGUAUGGUUGUGGUCUUUGCCCCAGCCAACAUCACCACUGAAGUGAAAUCCGUGGAAAUGCACCACGAAGCUCUCCAGGAAGCCGUGCCCGGAGACAACGUAGGUUUCAACGUCAAGAACGUCUCCGUCAAGGAAUUGCGUCGUGGGUAUGUAGCUGGAGACACCAAAGUCAGCCCUCCGAAGGGAGCCACCGACUUCAACGCCCAAGUCAUCGUCCUGAACCACCCCGGUCAGAUCUCCAAUGGAUACACCCCAGUAUUGGACUGUCACACUGCCCACAUUGCCUGCAAAUUCGCCGAAAUCAAGGAGAAGGUCGACCGUCGGUCAGGUAAGACGACUGAAGAAAACCCCAAAGCCAUCAAGUCUGGAGACGCCGCCAUUGUCAACUUGGUGCCCACUAAGCCCAUGUGCGUGGAGUCCUUCCAGGAAUUCCCCCCUCUAGGAAGGUUUGCCGUCCGUGACAUGAGGCAGACUGUUGCCGUAGGUGUCAUCAAGAGUGUCAACUUCAAGGACCCCACUGCCGGAAAGGUCACAAAAGCUGCCGAGAAAGCACAGAAGAAGAAAUAGCCUUCUGCAGUCCUACAGUUCUUUAUUUUUUUUUAUGAAAAAGCUAUUAUUAAAACGUUUUUCACCUUA